CGCUUGCUCUUCAGGAGGCCCUCCAAAGCCAUCUGGCGACCCACCUCUAGUAGUGGGUUGGGAGAGAACACACACUCCACAGCCACCUGGCUUCGGACACACCGCACUAUGGCUGAUAGUACGAUGCUCGACAUCUAUCCGAGCACCGAGUCGGUGUCGGCGCAUGAGUCCAUGUCGCCCACCAAAGCGUCGCAAGCCAAGCAUGUCAGUUUCGAGUUGCUUCUUCCUCAGUCCCCCCAACACAGAGCCCGUCUGCCCAUGAGGGUCAACAUCUUCCCCCAUGAUACCACCGACUCGAUCAUCACAACAGUGAAGAAUUUCUACGGCUUGUAUGAACGUAGAGGUGUCGUCUUCGAGGACAAUCGGGGCACAACCUUGAUUGCGAGGUAUGAGAAUUUCACCCACGACAUGGUCGUCUACGUUCGAGUUACCGUAGAAGACCCAGAGAUCGAUGAAUACUCGGUGGGCGCCCACCAAUCUGCCUCCCCCCAGCGGCCGCGUCUGGACGAAGCUUUUCAAAUGCUUCCUCCUUCUGCUGCACGCGUAGCUGCACGACAGACGGAAUCGCCUCAACCGAGUCGAGGCCGGCGCAGUGCUUCUGCCAGCACCAAUCCUAGGCGCGGUCGGCCAGCGCUCAAGAGCCGGGGUCCCAGCUCUCACGGUAGUUUCACUGAAGCUGUCGACCACAACUACAGUGACAGCGAUGGGGGUGAUGCUUCAGUCACUAGCUCUCGGCGGUCGAGAAAGGAGCCCCUUGCCAGUGCUGAGAUCAGCGCCGACAACAUCAUCGAAGGUGGCCGCCGCUUCAAGCGGGCCAAAUUCGACAGUUCCGAGCUUCCUCUUUUCGUCCCUCCUCAGGUUCCCAUGACUGGUUCGCUUUCUUCCGUUUCACCUCAGAGACGUGUGAGCGGAAACCAAGCAUCGCCCUACUCCAUGAACAACCAGCAGACAUUUGCGUAUUCUCAUCCUCUCCCAUCGCCUCAGAGCUACAACCAGGGCGAUGUUGCAUACCAUCAGGGCCUUAUAACCCCUUACUCUCAGAGUACUGGCCCUGCCCCUGGCCACAAAUCGCGAACACGCGGCUCUGUUCAGUAUGGUCCACAUCGUCAUUCAGGCGGCAGUGGAGGGAUCUUCCCUACACCUGACCCCACGCUUGGCAGUGCUAGCGUCAUAUCUGACGAGGACGUGGCUCGUCAGUUGAUGCGUCUGGGGGAUGCAUCCAACUUCUCUACUCAUGGUCGUACAUCUACCUCUACCUUGGAUGAUGCCUUGAGUGGGAAGGCCGAGCUCGCCUCUUCUAGCGAUGAAAGUGACGAAUGCAGUGACGAUGGCCAUAGCCAUGGGCUUCCGCCAUUCCCCUAUGGUGUCAAUCGCCUAAACGCCCACAAUGGCAUGAACGGCAUGGCUCCGGUUAUUCGGGGCUACGAGGAUGCAGAGAGCAGUGUCGAGGACUACGACGAUAAGGAUGCCUCCUUCAAGGGCGAGAGCGAUGAGUUGAACCCCGAGGAGCAGCACCAUGACCAUGCACAGAACAACAUGCUCAAGGCUCGCGCCUCCGUAUCUAGUAAGAGCAGCAAGGCUGGCAAGCCUCGUCCCUUGAGCAAGGUCAAGACCAAGGUCGCCAAGCCACCCAUGUCACCUGCCUCCCUUCCCUCGCAGUCUCGCAAGACAUCCAGUGCUUCUAUCAAUGGCCACAAUCCAUUGGGCUUGGACGAAGAGGACCUGUCGAGCCAACCGCGCUGCCAGCGAUGCCGGAAAAGUAAGAAGGGAUGCGAUCGGCAACGCCCAUGUGGUCGCUGCAAAGAUGCCGGCAUCGGUAUUGAAGGCUGCAUCAGUGAAGAUGAGGGCAACGGCAGAAAGGGCCGCUAUGGACGCCACAUGGGGGUCUCCAUUAAGAAGAAUGCCAUGGAUCCACCUCCCAUCCACGACCAUGGUAGCGUAGCCAAUGCCAUCCAAGGUUUGGUAUCCAUCGGCAGCACCUCUGAUAAGAACAAAAAGCGAAAGAGAUGA